ACAUGAACUCCUUCAAAAUAAGAUAUAGCCUUAUAAUAGCGGUAACUGCGUUUUACUGGGGAAACCACAAAGUAAAAAACAGUAAUGAUAAACAUAACAGUACACAAGUCCCCGGUCAUCACGUGCUUUUUGAAAUACAAAUCACUCCAAUCGCUUCCCACUGAAUGUUUUCCUCACAUUGGUUUAUAAUUUAACCAAACACAGGCUUUGAAAAUUGUUCUAAAUCUCCUCAUUCUGGCCUUUGCUUAAACAUUAUCUCUAAUGCACAAAAUGUCAUCUUUUCAGCAUAUAACCACUUUGAAGUCUGUCAGUGCGUCUGGAUACCUAAAAAAUGUAACGUUUGCUUUUUAUUUUGAAAUUAACGGCGCCUGUACUUCUAGUGUGCUUUGACUCUUCAGCACCGCUGCACACAGCUGUGGGCAAACCGAAUCGCCUCUUUGAGCCGUAAAGUAGCCCGAGAGCCUCAAAUGUUUCAGCUUUUCAUUAAUGCCGUGAAGUUCUAGAUCAGUCCAACUCAUCUGGUGCUCACUUCCUUUACGUUGUCAAAAAAAUCUUAAAGAAACACCCACACUAUAGCACUUAUGUUUUGAAAACAAAAAAGAUGUCACGUGUAGUGAAGUUUUAUUUAUCUGUACAAAUGAAAACGAGCUCUCUAUAGAUUAUAUGUACUGCUUAUUGCGUGAUAUUACUUCAAUUUGAAAACAUUAAAUGGAACUAAAAUGAAUGACUUAUGAAAACGUCACCUUAGUAUGACACAGUAAUCGAUGGAAAUGAUUUCAGAUGUUUCUGUGUAGUCAACAGGAUCUAUGACGCAUCCGUACCUACAUUAUAAUUAAGUAUUUUCGGCUCGCUAACAUUAUUUUCUAGAACUGUGAUGUUGUAUUUGUUGCAAUUUCUUCUGCCCUCUUGGCCAGCUCUCUCUUGAAAAAGAUCGUUUCAAAGAUCGGAAUGAUCUCGAAUUGAUAUCGGUAUAAGACAUGUUAGACAGAUUAUAGGCCAAUAAGUCAUUCACAACAGUUUCAGUAUUGACAAUCAUUUCAUAACCAAUGCUGGAUUUUUUUUUAUUUUUUUUUUGGUAGAACGCUUUUGGGUAUGGCAGGCGCCGAGGGCGCACUAGACAUCCCUUUUACGCACGCGGCGACUAUAGGGACAGCUGUGGGCCUACAUUGAGAAACUUGAGACACAGCCGCGGCUGAAAGGCCCAAUCCAUGAAUUCCAACAGACCCCUAAACGGUUCAGCAGACCACCACCACACAGUAAACGGUAAAGCAUUAAGACAGAAGACGGAGGACUGCGAUGUGACCUCACCAUGGUGACAUUAUGCGCAAAAGUAGACUCGCUGGUAACACUGCUUUGUGUGACCUUUGUUUUAAUGACAAAGGCACAAUAUGAAAACUACAAUUUUCGAAAUUUUUCCGGAGAGGACCUCAUGCCCCUCACCGCUGCGUACGGGAAGGCGCUGGAUUAUUACGCAGCGGGAAACUGGACGGAAUCGAUCCAGUACUUGGAAUUAAGCCUACGUUUGCACCGGCUUCUGAAGGACAGCGUGAGACACUGCGCGAGCCACUGUAACUCGAGCAAGCAUGACGACGAGUCUUUUGCUGGAUACCCGGAUCUCCGCGUCUACUGGAACGUUAUGAUGAAGGCGACCUGUCAGAAGAAGUGCAGGGCGCUUUUCCCCGCGUUCCAGCUGCCUCCUCCCGGCCGAGAGAUCCUGGAGGAUUUCAGCAGAAGAUCUCCCUACAGAUACCUGCACUUUGCUCACUCACAGCUGAAUGACCUGCAGAGGGCGGUACCAUGCGCCCACACCUUCCUCCAGAGGAACCCUGAGGACCAGCAAAUGCAGCAGUUGAUGGAGGACUACAAGAGCAAGUAUGACCUGAGCGGCUACCUCAUUGACCACGAAAAACGACCCUACGAGACGUCAUUUCUGAGAGGAGUGAAACUUGUGGGUUCGGGCGACUACAGCAGCGGUGUUCAAGAGUUGGAGGAAGCUCUGUGGCUCUACUUCCAGGAAUAUGACCUGUGUCAGGCCGAAUGUGAAGGGAUCACUCAACUUUUACCAGACAGAGACUUCUAUGCAGUCAUAGCAGAUGCCUACAUUGACACAUUAAGGUGCAAACUGAGGUGCGAAGAAAACCUGACACCGAAUAUUGGGGGUUAUUUUGUAGUGAAAUUUGUGCCCACUGUUUACCACUACCUCCAGUAUGCCUAUUAUAAGUUGAACGAUGGACGCAGUGCCGUGCCCUGUGCUCACAGCUACUUCCUGUUCGAGCCUGAGGACCCAGUCAUGAAGCAGAACCUGCUAUAUUAUAAAGCCUACAGUCAACAGUGGGGGCUUCAGUCCAACCACUUUACCCCCAGGAUGGAAGCUUUCAAACACUACAACCAGACAAUAAUGCAAAAAAAGAUGUUGGCAUUUGCAGAAACAUACUUCGGUCUGUCUGAUGAGGACUUUCUAGGACCAGAGGAGGUUGCACGGUCGGCCCCAGACUCUCCUGAUGCUGAGUUUGAAGAGUGGACUGCACACAGUGUAAGGAAGAUAGGACAGCAGAGAGAUAUGACUCAAACUCCCUUAGAUCUGGAAAGAGAAGAGGAAUGGGGUGGAGAAAAAAAACAAGAGGAGAGGAUAAGGAAGAUAAAGAGGUGGGAGAAGAAGAUAAAGAUUGAGUCCCAAACUGAAAAGCCAAAGACGAGCCUUUCAGUUUUCUACAAUGUAAAUGACAGAGGCAAAAACUGAGGAGAAGCAAUCAGCAAAGGUUUAACUUUGCUCGAAAAACUGCUUUAAUGACUAAUUUAAAAACAGCUGCCAAUUAAUUUUCUGUUUACUAAUCACUAAAGCAGACAGAAGAUCAAAA